UCAGUCAGACAGUCAGUAGUGUGUAGAUGACGGCAUUCGCGACGGAGUGUGUGGAAUUGCUCAGCAGAACAACUUCACACUGAAUUUUACCACGGGAAUUCUCAACCACGGAUCUUUCGUUGAUACAUUUCCGUCUCAAUUUUUGUGUUAAAAUAAAAGUUCUUUAGCUCGUUGAAAUAUGCAAUAGAUCCUACGUAGUGACUAAAGAGUAGCACAAUAUUGAAAGUAUUGCUUACAGCAGUAUUGCUUACAACUCGUGUGUGCUUGUCGGAAAAGGAAAUAAGUUUAUAGGGUGCAACAAGAAUGGGUCUGAAAGAUUGUCAAAUCGAAUUGGACAAUCCCUGGAACACGUAUUAUGCCGGCCAGACUGUGAAUGGGAAAGUCACGUUCACUUUUGAUUCACCGAAAAAGAUUCGAGGAAUCGUGAUCCAGUUCUGCGGAGAAGCGGAGACUAAAUGGAGCCAAACCGAGACAAAGACUGACCAGGAGGGAAAGCAGUACGAGUCCACCACCAACCUGACCGGACAGGAGGAGUACUUCACGAUCCAAUACUACCUGCUGGGUGGGAAAAAUAGCGCAGAAAUAGAGCUGGGAGCAGGAACCCAUAGUUACCCGUUUACAUGUGCUCUUCCUCCAACACUGCCAUCCUCGUUCGAGGGAGAAUGGGGCUUUGUGCGGUACACUGUUAAGGUGACACUGGAUCGCCCGUGGAAAUUUGACCAGGACAUUAAGAUGGCAUUCACCGUCAUCUCGCCCGUCGAUCUCAAUCAGAACGCUCGUGUUAAGGACCCUUUUAAGUUAGAGCUAGAGAAAACUUUCUGUUGCUUCUGUUGUGCUUCCGGACCGUUGAGUCUUAUCGUGCAUAUUCCGGUGACCGGAUUUGUUUCCGGACAAACAAUACCUCUGACGAUCGAGUGCGAUAACGCUAGCAACGUGGGUAUUGAAUCGGUUAAGUUGACCCUUAGAAAGCUGCUAGCCUUCCAUGUGCACACUCCACGUCGCGAGACCAAGAAAAAGAAAGAAGUAAUCUCGGAGAUUUCUGUUGGUCCUGUAGAGGCCGGUAACAGCCAAACGUGGAAUCAAAAUAUUACGAUUCCCCCCCUGCCACCAUCGAAUCUCGUCAACUGCGGUAUCAUUGAUGUGGAUUACGACAUCAAAGUGGUGGCGGUCGUAUCUGGACCACAUGCCAAUUUGGACGGGAAUAUUCCGAUUGUACUGGGAACGGUUCCAUUGUCGUCGUUCCAACCGCCACCUCCUUACACGGAUAAUCCUCCGGAAACGGAUCCCUCGAUGCUGCCAACACAACCGGUUAGUCCGGCGAGUCCCCCGAACGGCGCAGGGGGUGCUCUGGGAUGGAAUAUUGCCGACGGAGGGGAUAAACUUUAUCCCAACAUUCCGCCACCUACAUUUACGGAAGCCGCGUUCAAAGCUCCGAACAUCUCCAGCAAAAACGACAGCGAAUUCACUCGCUUCGUGGGUCCAUCGGAGUAUGCCCCGCGUUAUCCUACGUAUGCGUUUACACCCUCAGCGCCGCCAGCGAAUUUGUGAAUUCUCCCCGGAGCCCAUCAUCUGUGCAUAUAAUCAAAUUUGUAAUGGUGCGAUUAUCAGUGAACCUCAACGACCGCAGACACAUUUAUUUUGUCUAUUUUUCAGAGUUUAUAAUAAGUUAUCAUCACAUUUUGUAGGAUUUAAUUACUAACUAUGAAACAAACAAUGUACUGAGCCAAUAACAAUCAGUAUGAAAAGAAUCUUAUAUUUUGUUAGUAACAAAAAUUGCUAGAAAUAACACGAAAGAAGUGAAAUAAGGCGCACAUUAGGACAGUUGGAGCUACAUUACCGUAAAAGAUCGACUACUAACAAUUCUCAUACAAACUGAUAGGAUCUAAACCAAGUACUUCACACACGUCUUAUCGGCAUUGACACGGUUAGAAUUAAAAUUAAUAAACUAAUAAACCAUACCAUGUCAAUGAUAACAAAAAACAAAGUAUAUUAUUACUCUGCCUAUUUUCAGUCUCACUUCGUUUCUACUAUGUUUCUGUUGUAUAGUAUUCUAUAUUAAAUUCCACUAUGAAAGAUAAAACCGCAUAUAACUGGAAAACGCAACAAUAUACCGUUCUUUGAAGAGUGCCUAGCAAGUUGUUAGAAGGAAAGCAAAGAAAAAAAAUCGCAAAAUUUAGAGCGAAACUGCCCAACCAGGUUCAGAAAAUUAGUCCGUGAACCUGAAACUAAUACACACACAUACUCUAGGAGAAGCGCUAUUUAUGUUUGUUUUCAUGAAUUUGUAAUCUGCACUUUUUCGCUGCUCUUGCUUCAUUACUGUUUUUGCGUUACCGGUUUCCUGGCUAGUUUUAUUAUGGAAAAAUAUAGCAUUUUGAAACUACGAAAAAACGUGGCACUUUUUACUAUUCCAUUCCUUUUUAUUUGUGGGUUCUGACUGCGGGUCUUGUUGGUGCGUUUGGAUACAGAGUUGGCUAUCGUCAUGGACUUACUCAAAAUGAACUGUGAAUCCCACCCACCCCUCGUAGGUACCGCUUGUAGAACACUUUCAGCUUUUGAGUGUUUUCUCUCGAUACACACGAAUGUUACGUAAAUUCGUAACGACAGCUUUGUCUCCGUGAUAAGUUCUUACCAUGGUUGAUGAAACCAAUGGAGUAACACUUCGACGGGUCUUAUUCCCGUUUACACUUCACGGUGAAAACGAAGGACCUGAUCACCAACGCCACUUCACGGUGAAAUGAAACGAAACGAUACGAAAUGAAUUGUGUGCAAGAUUAUAUACACUUCAUUUCUUUUUCACCGUGAAGUGGCCGAAAAUUAAGUGUAUCCGCCAAGACAACGGUACGGUGUUGACAUCUGGAUACGAAACUAGCACCCCUAUUCUGUAUUUCGAUCGAUUCGAAAUAUUUUGAACGACUUGAAUAAAUUCCAUUCUAUAUUCCGUUCGAGUUGUUUUUGCAUUUCGUUCGAUAUGUUUCUCUUAGAACAUUAACACUCCUAUACUCGCGCAUUGGU